AUGAAAAUUUUAUGGGUCGCAAGCUUCACCACCACGCUGAAGAUCGAGUGCGGCAUCAGAUACGUGUCGGGUGCAGCGUCGGGUGUGGCUUUCAGGUUACCGCUGGUAUCCAGAGAGUCCUUCCUCACCGGAACCUCGGAGCCAUGGGAGCGUGCGUGCACACGUGUCACGUAAUCCCCCUGUUGUUGGUUACACGUACUCUUACCGUAGCUCUCUAUCACUUCUUUAUAAGAUAUUGAUUUUUUAAAUGACAGUGAGCAGCCACUGGCUGCUCGCUGUUUAGGCAACAUGCCCCUUUAACCUCACUUUUAAUAAUAUGGGGGUCAUAGUUUUUUUUUCAUAGGUUUUAAUGCAGGGGGGGGGUGGGUAGGAAUGGUUUCACAGGGAGGCAGCUGGUAGCGCUGCCGGCUCCCUCCUUGCCUUUUUUUUUUGCGCAUGUGCAGUGCUGUUUUUCGUCCUAAUGGACGAAAAACUAUUUACAUUCGAAAACUAAUGGUUUGCGGCCAAAAUUCGGGAUUGACGAAAUUUUCAUUUAGUACGAAAUCAUUCUUUAAAAAAUGAAAAUUUCACUGGUACACAUGUCUACUUGAUAAAGACUCAAUAGCAGAGCCCAAACAUUGCUUUAAUAAAGUCUGCUCAUAAAUUUGACUUGAAGUGCACAGAUGUUUGUCCACUGUAAAUCUUUGAGUGUGAAUCCGUGAAUGUGUGUGUCUGUGUCCCAGAAACUGUGUAUCUGUGUAUCUGUGUGAGUGUGUGCUUGAAUCUAAGUGUGUGUGAAUCUAUAUUUAUCUGUAAAUGUCUGAACUUUUGUGCAUAUAUUUUUGAGUGUCUGUGUACGGGUGUAAAGAAAGAGGUUGGAGGGCAAACCCAGAACAUAAAUUUCUCAGCAGUGUUACUGCUGUAACAAAACACAUACAAAAUACAGAUUAGGGAAACAGGGCACCCAGCAUUUUUUUUAAAAAUCUUACCAGGCUACUUAUAAUCACCCACGUGCUCCCCCAACAGAUAAAAUAAAUAAAAAUUAUUUUACCAGAUGUAAGAUUGUAAGAAGACCCCUCAGACCUUCUCAAUACAAAUACAAAAAAUACAAUCUACAAAAAGAAUAGAAAUAGAGAAUAUAUAGUGUAGUAAAUUUGAACACCAAAUUUUACACUAGUGGAAUUGCACUCACAAAAUGAGAGAGUAGUGAAGGCAUAUAACGGUCUUUAGACUUGACGGACAGCUGUAAUCUUCUAAUUUCACCUUAAAGAGGGAGAGACACACAAACCAUAGUGCACCAGUAUAAUAAAAAUGAUAACAUUUAUUUGAUUGCACUCACAAAAUAAUGGUUGUAAUCCAGCUUGUCAAAAAUACUUGGGGAAUAAUGGUGCCGGCGUCCUUUUUCCCUUGGCAAGUAAUGACAGGAUAAACCAAAUUAAAAACCAAAUAAAAACAUAUAAAUAAAAAAUCAACAAUAGCAGUAACAAGGUGCUGUAGUGGUCCCUCCACCCUACGCGUUUCGUCUCCAAACGAGACUUCCUCAGGGGCUAAUGAAGGUGCAUGUAACAGUCUAAUUUGGUUUAUCCUGUCAUUACUUGCCCUAAGGACGCCGGCACCAUUAUUCCCCAAGUAUUUUUGACAAGCUGGAUUACAACCAUUAUUUUUACACUAUGGUUUGUGUGUCUCUCCCUCUUUAAGGUGAAAUUAGAAGAUUACAGCUGUCCGUCAAGUCUAAAGACCGUUAUAUGCCUUCACUACUCUCUCAUCUUGUGAGUGCAAUUCCACUAGUGUAAAAUUUGGUGUUCAAAUUUACUACACUAUAUAUUCUCUAUUUCUAUUCUUUUUGUAGAUUGUAUUUUUUGUACUUAUAAUCACCUUAGCAAACAAAUAUGAGGAUUUAGUUAUACCAUAUGGCCAUAUUGUGUUAAGCCCACCACUACGUCACAGUACCCCAAUAUUGGUAUAGAAGUUACAUAAAACCAGUGGUACUACACCCAUAGCCCCUUAAAUAUAAACUGUGACUCACUGCUUGAAAGAACAGCUACUUUCAUACAGUCUUCUGUUCUGAAAUACACACACAUCCACUGACAAUUGGUGUGUGAGAAUGCAGGAGCGUAUUGAUGAUGAACAAAUACACACUGCAUUUACACAUAGACCCUCUUUACCUGGGAUGGGCAAACUUCAGCAUUCCAGAUGUUGUGAACUAUAUAUCCCAUAAUGGUCUUAAAAACCAAAACGUUGGCAAAGCAUCAUUGGGAAAUGUAGUCCACAACACCUGGAGUGCUAAAAGUUGCUUACCACUGCUCUGUACAAAUGUACACCUGCAGUCACACACAGUGGUGUAUUUUGCUUUUGUGCUGCCCAGGGCCGGACUGGCCCACCAGGAUACCGGGAAAUUUCCCGGUGGGCCGCGGCACCUGGGGCCGGUCUGUCAGCCCUAAUCAGGGCUGACAGCUCCUGUGAUCCCGGCCGGCCAUGUGUCAUAAACAAAAAAAAAUUGCGGCUGGGGCAGAGCUUACAUGCGGUGGGGGCGGAGCUUAGCGGGUUGCGGGGGUGGGGCUUAGCGGGCGGCGGGGGAGGGACUUACUGUGCGGCGGCGGCCUGGCUGACUGCAGCAUGGCCUCCAGGAGCUCCAAGCAGGAGGGAAGAAGCAGUGUAUCUGUGUGUGACUGCCUGUGAGUGUGUGACUGUAUGUGUGACUGUCUCUGUGUGAGUGUGUGACUGUCUGUGUGACUGUCUCUGUGUGUGUGUGACUGUCUCUGUGUGAGUGUGUGACUGUCUGUGUGACUGCCUGUGAGUGUGUGACUGUCUCUGUGUGAGUGUGUGACUGUCUCUGUGACUGUCUCUGUGUGAGUGUGUGACUGUCUGUGUGACUGCCUGUGAGUGUGUGACUGUCUCUGUGUGAGUGUGUGACUGUCUGUGUGACUGUGAGUGUGUGACUGUCUGUGUGUGUGACUGUCUGUGUGUGACUGCCUGUGAGUGUGUGACUGCCUGUGUGAGUGUGUGUGUGUGUGACUGCCUGUGAGUGUGUGACUGUCUCUGUGUGAGUGUGUGACUGCCUUGAGUGUGUGACUGUGUGAGUGUGUGACUGUCUGUGUGUGACUGUCUCUGUGUGAGUGUGUGACUGCCUGUGAGUAUGUGACUGUCUGUGUGACUGCCUGUGAGUGUGUGACUGUCUGUGUGUGACUGUCUGUGUGAGUGUGUGACUGUCUGUGUGUGACUGCCUGUGAGUGUGUGACUGUCUGAGUGUGACUGUCUGUGUGAGUGUGUAUGACUGUCUGACUGAGUGUGUGACUGUCUGACUGAGUGUGUGACUGUGAGUGUGUGACUGUCUGUGAGUUUGUGACUGUGUGACUGUCUGUGUGUGACUGACUGUCUGCCUGUGUGUGUGUGUGUGCCUGAUUGUCUGCCUGUGUGUGUGCGUGAAUGUCUGCCUGUGUGUGUGACUGUCUGCCUGUGUGUGUGUGGCUGUCUGCCUGUGUGUGUGUGUGUGGCUGUCUGCCUGUCUUUGUAUGUGUGGGUGUUUGCCUCGGUGUCAGUGACUGUCUGCCUGUGUGUGUGUGUGGCUGUCUGCCUGGGUGUCAGUGACUGUCUGCCUCUGUGUGUGUGUGCGCGCAUCUGCUAGUGAGGGAGCUUCUGUGUGUGUGUGUGUGUGUGUGUGUGUGCCUGCUAGUGAGUGAGCUUGUAUGUGUGUCAGUGAGCUUGUCUGUAGGGAUCAUAUGUGUGUGUGUUAGUGAGCUUGUCUGUAAGGAGCAUGGGUGUGUCGGAGCCUGUCUGUGGUGAGCAUGUGUGUACAGUGAGCUUGUCUGUAGUAAGCAUGAGUGUGAUUGUGAGCUUGUCUGUAGUGACCAUAUGUGUGUCAGUGAGCUUGUCUGUAGUGAGCAUGUGUGUGUCAGUGAGCUUGUCUGUAGUGAAUCUGUGUGUUAGUGAGCUCUUCUGUAGGGAGCGUGUGUGUCAAUGGGCUUGUCUGUAGAGAGAGUGUGUGCGCAUCAGUGAGCUUGUCUGUAAGGAGCAUGGGUGUGUCGGAGCCUGUCUGUGGUGAGCAUGUGUGUACAGUGAGCUUGUCUGUAGUAAGCAUGAGUGUGAUUGUGAGCUUGUCUGUAGUGACCAUAUGUGUGUCAGUGAGCUUGUCUGUAGUGAGCAUGUGUGUGUCAGUGAGCUUGUCUGUAGUGAAUCUGUGUGUUAGUGAGCUCUUCUGUAGGGAGCUUGUGUGUCAAUGGGCUUGUCUGUAGGGAGAGUGUGUGCGCAUCAGUGAGCUUGUCUGUAGUGAGCGUGUGUGUGUGACAGUGAGCUUGUCUAUAGUAAGCUUGUGUGUGUGUAUCAGAGUUUGUCUGUACUAAAUUUGUGUGUGCGCCAGUAACCUUGUCUGUGUGUGUCAUUGUCUGUCAAUGAGCCUAUUUGUGUGCAUUAGUAAGAUUGUCUGUCUGUGUGUGAGUAUGCUUUACUGUAUAAUUUAAUUACCCUAAAAGAACUAAUAUUUUGAAUUAGAAGAAGAAAUGUAUCAAUAAAAAAAAUAAAAAAUAAAAAUAUAUAUAUAUAUAUAUAUAUAUAUAUAUAUAUAUUAAUAUUGUUGCAUCACCAGGGCUCCAGUAUCCAGUAUAUAUAUAUAGGCAAUUGAAAUAGUUGGCUGCACUCUCGGAUUUCAUUAAAAUUUUACUUUUGUUGAAAUAUUUAAGAGAAGAUCAACGUUUCAGUCCCUCUUGUGGACUUGCAUCUGGAUCAUGACAUAAGUCCACAAGAGGGACUGAAACAUUGAUCUUCUCUUAAAUAUUUCAAUAAAAGUUACAUUUUCAGGAAAUCCAAGAGUGCAGCCAACUAUUUCAAUUGCAUAUAUAUAUAUAAACACCCUACAUAGCACAAUGACUGGCUAUGGGGCUGGCAUAGAUUUUUUUCCAGGGCUGCUUCGUAUCCCCAGUCCGGCCCUGGUGCUGCCCCUGGCAUAACUAAACUCGGCCACCCCUAAUCUAAAUUUGUACCACACCUUCCUGUCAAACCUGCACCUCUUCCUAUUUAGGACACACCCCAUCCUUUGUAAACCUCACCCAUCCUCUUUAGGCCCAACAUUCCUCUUAGAGCUCAACCUCUUUCUACCUCAACCUUUUAAGCACACACUCUCACUGACCCAUACAUACACUAAUUGGCACACACACACACACUGUUUACCCAACACCACGGAUGUGUCUACCGCAAGGCAAACAAGGCAUUUGCCUUGGGCGGCAAUUUCCAGGUGUCGGCAAAAACCGUCACCCCCAAAUGCCCAGGCAAAUACCUUGUUUGCCUCGUUUUAUGGGAGCCCAAGAGCUGGCCGGCUGGCCACCUUUGGGCUCCCCCGGGGUAGCAGUCAGUUGCAUCGUGGGCGGGCAGCCACACUAAGCUGUCAGUGAGGGAACACUUUCCCCUGAGCUCUCUGCUCAGCUCCCUCGCGUGACCUGCAAUAAUGCUGGGAGCCGGAAUAUGACGUUAUAGUCCGGCUCCCGGCAUCACUCUGCAGCGCGCGAGGGAGCUGAGGAGAAAGCUCAGGUGAAAGUGCUCCCUCGCUGAAAACUACACGACCGUCUGCCUGCCUUCCUGCUACUGCAGUGUGAGCAAGGGUGUACAGCAAGAAGAGCAGUCAGCGCUCCUUUGUCACCUGUCUACAUUAUGCACAGCCGCACUCCUCAUGGGGCCCUAAGGUGGCCAGCUCUUGGGCCCUCAUGACAGAUGGAACACAGAGGGCCCGGUUAUACUCGUGACCUCUGUAGUUCCGCCAAUGCCACAAGCACCAGAAUAUAUAUAUAUUUUGCACGGCAACUACAAUGCCACCGACAAAAAAGGGCAUGGGCAGGCUCCAUUGGCUGCUAGAGUUGUAGUCUUGUGGGGCGUCGUGGUCCGGCUCAAUAGGCAGUUAAAGUGGUGCAGGUGAUUUUUGCAGUCCCCACUAGAAAGUACCGCCCAUGGUAAAUGCCUUGUUAGCCUCGUGAUAGAUACAGCGCUUGUCACCCCAGGAAUGCAUUGCAUUUACACUUACUAGCAUUGAAUACAAUUAUACACACUGAUAUACAUCAAUGUUCACAAUCUAUAAUGCUGUGCAAAAAAAAAAAAUCAUCCCUACAUUGACACAUAGAUUCUAUGUGUCACUGGAGACCCUAUUAUAAGGCCAAAAUGGACGUUUAAAGGGGCAUAAAAAAAUCAGCAAAUAUUUUUUUUCUACAUUUUUAUAUUGCUUUUUAUUCCUUGAGAUUUUUCAUUCCUUUGGCGAUUUCCACAAGUGCCGGUUUAUUGAUUAAAACGCAUUACCGCUAAUGAGGAUUGCAACCACGUGUGAUCCAGAAACACAAGCUACAGUUUUUAGAAUGUCUAGUAAAACUACAACUCCCGUGAAUCACUGCACAGCACAGGCUUACAGGAAACGUUGGAGCGUGCAGUAUAAAAGCAGCCGCGGCGCUCCCUUUCAGUCUCUUCUGCACUGGACUCAGACAUGAUCGGUUGUGUGAUGGAAGGAGCGGUUCUAAUCCGCCGCCAUCCUCCCUGACUGCCGCUUUUCUGGUCCCGGAUAGACUAGUAUCUGGAUUUCCAUUGCUUUAUCAUCAUCAUUAGGUGAAUAUUUCUCAAAGUCGCUGUAAUUUUUUAUUUUUUUUUAAAACUAUUACCGCAGGCCCUGAUCGAAGCCGGGUUAGUGCUUGCUGUAACUAACGCGGUCAAACAGAGGCCGAGAGCAAUGUUUUCCACCGACGGUCGCUGCUCAGGCUCUGUGUCCGAGAUCAGCAACAUUAUGGGGAAAUACAUCCAUGGUCAUUAAUGUCAAUUAUAACAAGCUGCCACGUUCUGUAUAGUCUAUACGUUUCUUGGGUGUGCCUUUUGUCAAAACUUCCACUUUUAACCCCUUGCACUUCAUGUUUUGCAGAUUCCCUUUCGAGUGUUGAAUGGAAGUGAUCAUGCAAACCCUCGUUUCCUAUGGGGUAAGGUCUAUGUGUUAUAUACUUCAUUCAUCUACAGAUGCACUCACAAAAUGCCACGAAUUAAUUUCUUAUCCUUUUGAUAAUGCUGGUAGCACUGCACUUCAGUGAGGAGGUAGCCAGUAUAAUAUACUAUUGCUGAAGGAGUGUUCUAUAUUGUAACCCAUAACAUUUUUCUUAAGACUCUCAUGGUCCACGCUGUCUCUUGCAAACUAAAAUAUCUUAUCCUAACUAUAAGAUAAGGCUAGGCACUAAUGAAAGUAUUUAGAAAAUUGGGCAGACUAGAUGGGCCGAAUGGUUAUCUGCUGUCACAUUCUUUCUAUGUAACUAUUGGUUUAACUAGUGAAUACUUUUUUGUACAAGCUCAUGGAUUGCACUAUGCAUGCAGUUCUCAUUUUAACAUCUUAGUGACCAUGUGAUCAUGGUGUUUCUGCCCCUUCUUCAUGGAAAAAUUAGUCCCAAGUACUAGGUUGCAGUGAAGAGGUAGCAGGCUACCAUGUACUCAAAAUUGCAAGCUUUAUUUUCCAUUUCCCAAAUGGCCCCGAUCCAAGCCAUGGCAGUGUUCUCAUAGCUGCUGUGGAUAGAAGUGAGCCAAGAUUAAUAUUUCUUUGACGGUCGCUGUUUGGAUUGUUGUAUCUAACUGCAACAUAUAAAGAAAUUAUAAUUGCUGUGUAGUGUAUGCUUUCUUAGUACUGGCAUCUUAGUCUUAAAGGACACAUUUCAUAGACUGCUCCUGUAACAAGUAGAUGAGGACAUUGACCUGCAACAGGAUUAAUUAUGUUCUUUUGCAGGUGGCUGUCUAGAAACAUUGAGACAACAUGGCUCGGUUGUGCAUUACUCCAAGGCAUAGAAGGCAAACAUACUGCAUGGUUUUCAAUAUAACCAUGGCUCAGGAAACUCUUCUGCAUGAAGCCUGCUGCACCAGGACAAAAAGGUAAAAUGUUGUCUCUACUCAUAAAGCACUAGUGGAACAUAAGAUGCCAACAAACUAGCCGGAAGGGGGUAGCAUAUCUAGAGGAGGAAUACAUUGCCCAUUCUUCUGAAGUUAUUGCCUCUUGUGUGAGCUAGUCAUACCUCAAAGUGUAUUUAACCAUUUACUCAAUGGCUAAACUCUCAUAUUUGAGUCUGGCCAUAUCUCACACUAACAUUUCUGGCUUGCCUGGAUGUGGCCAGUGCAAUGUAGACACUGGGUAAGUUGUGAAACCAACUUACAAUGGUUUGACUAAACAUGUGGCUGUAUAACAGGACACUUCUGGAACCAUAACUAAAGCAUGUUCCUUGAAUGUCUCACAUAACUUCCUUAUAAAUGACUUGGGUAUUAAGUACAUUAACUUAUAAAUUCCAGCUUAUUUUUUAUGGUUUCUCAAAGGGCUAUUACCCUGUCCUGCUCUUCGCAUGUUAACCGAGGGCUGCAGCUGUCUCCAUAGCAGCAGUUUCUCCAACAGCAUGCAAGAAAAAAAUGGAGGGGCUUUGAUGGCUGAGGUAUGUCACAUGGUUCCACAUGCUGUCACUCUACCCUCGCACAAUGCCUGCUGUAAUUCAGAAUUUUAAUAUAGAAUGUUUUGCUAUAAGUGUGCAGGGACACUAACAUAUAUUUUAAUAUUGGGGUGCUCUUAGGUUAAGGUAUUGUAGAAAAUGAUGUAUUGAUCUAACUGCUUAAAUAUUGCAGCUGUUAAUUUAAUCACACAGGAUGGUUUUUUCAAUAUUUUUGUGGUAUUAAUACAAACUCUCAGUAACUGCUUUUGCAAGAUAUCAAUAUUUUGGUUCUCAUAUGUUCAUGCAUUCAGGACAAAAUUAGCAUUUGCAAUUUAAAAGAUGUCAUGGAGUAUUACUCCUCAUUUUAAGCUUAAAGUAAAACUUCAUCAAUUAAACAUCCAAAUAAGAUAUGAAUAAUAAAGCAUCGAAGGGACGUAGUUGACAGUUAUCAGAUGAACCUGUAACAUCACAAAGUCCUAUACCAUCUAUGGUAGAUAGUAAAAACUGGUUAAUUGUCACUUAUUGGUAUCAUCUUCAUUUGUGGUGUAACAUACAUAAUGCAACUACAGCUGCAUCCAGCUACUUUAUAAUGAACUGAGGUGAAGCAUGGAAACAGUGAGUUGAUGCCUUGCUCCAUAUGGCCCGUCAUUGUAUUAACUCAAUGUGAUUAGUGUUCAAUUUCUGUUUUUGUAUUUUCAAUAGGUGGUGAACUUUUCCUGUUUAAAUGUCUCAUUGGUAAGUUCCUUUCUUUUCAUAUUUCAUACCAAACCUUAAUAUCAAGGCUUCCUGUGCAGUGAUGAACAUAUUUAUUUGGAGACUGUUGGAUGAAUCUAGCGGAUAUGGGACUGAGCACAGAAAGCACUCUUAAAGAGAAACCUGGCCAAGAAACUAGCCCUAUCUUAAACUUGCUUUACUGCAUGCUGUUGUAAUUGGCUAAUCACUGACUCUGAAAGUACACUAUAUCCUGCCAUAGUGGCUAUAUAGGAGUCUCAAUGCUAUUGGUGAAUAUUCAUUUAGCUAGCUUGACACAAAUACCCAAGCACUGCUUCAGCUUUGCUAAGAGUCAAGCCAGUUAAAUGUUUUGAAGUUAUUAGUGGACUCAUGGCAAUGUAACUAAAGAAUGCUGUAGCCAUAUAGUAACAUGGCUGACACCAAUUUCUGGUCUUGCUACUUUAUAAUGUGGUGGUUUUUGUCUUUCCUAGGGCAAUAUUUAUUUCCCCAUCUUUUGUAA